AUAUGAAUUUAUUUUAUGGAAACAUGAAAGUAACAACUGAAUGCACCAAUAUUCAUUUUGUAUUUGUUGCUGACGAAUAGACGAUUUUUUCUUUCGAUCAGCGAAACUCGUAUAAGCGAUACACGCAAAUUGUUUGCGCGGGGACACUGAACUCAAGAUACUCGUAUUAACAUGUCUCAUAAUUGAUCGUAUUAUCAUGACUGUGUAGGAUAACCAGUAUCUAUGUAGAUAAGCAGAAUAAAGAAAAUGGUUAAUACAUUCCUGAAAACAAUCCCAAGAUGCGACGCGUCAUUCUACGAGGUAAAAUUGAUAGUCGUAUUCAGUGCGAUUGCAGUAAUUCUGACGACUCGAUUUUGCGCACAACUAAGAAAAUCACGUUGCUCCGACCAACUGUACAAUAUGAAGUGGAAGUUGCGUGGUCUAUACAAGGCAUUUAGUCGUAAAAAAGUGGUGAACUUCUCUGAGGAUUCUAAAUUAGCGAGAGUUUUAUCAACUAUCGAUCUCACAGCCUUAGGAAUCGGUUCUACUCUAGGAGUAGGUGUCUACGUCCUGGCAGGAAAUGUCGCAAAAACUACUGCAGGUCCUGCUGUAGUCAUCUCAUUUGCUAUCGCCGCAGUGGCAUCGAUGUUCGCUGGUCUCUGUUACGCUGAGUUCGGCGCACGAGUGCCGCGUGCCGGAUCCGCAUACAUUUAUAGCUACGUUACGAUGGGCGAAUUCGUAGCGUUUCUCAUCGGAUGGACUCUGAUUCUAGAGUAUGUGAUCGGCACAGCCAGCGUGGUGCGCGGUCUGAGUACGUACGUCGAUGCACUCUUCAACAACAGCAUGAGGAAUGCUUUCGAAUCAGCAGCGCCUAUCGAUGUCAGUAAUUUAUCAACGUAUCCGGACUUCUUCGCGUUCGGAGUCACCCUGGUAUUUUCAGUCGCACUUGCUUUCGGUGCCAAGGAAUCCUCGCUGGCGAAUAAUUUCUUCACCUUGGUAAACCUCUCUGUUGUGCUCUUCGUUAUAAUUGGCGGUGCCUUUAAAUCUGAUAUUAAUAAUUGGAAAUUGGAGCCUACCUGCACCGAGACGGAUUGCCCACACGGAACCGGUGGCUUCUUUCCUUAUGGUAUAUCAGGCGUUAUAACUGGUGCGGCUACAUGCUUCUAUGGAUUUAUUGGUUUUGAUUGCGUGGCUACCACGGGGGAGGAGGCCAAGAAUCCAAAACGAUCCAUCCCCAUAGCGAUCGUCGCAUCACUGAUGGUCGUUUUCCUAGCAUAUUUCGGCGUCUCCGCGGUGCUCACCACCGUGCUGCCGUACUACGCGCAAAAUUCCGACGCACCGUUUCCGCACAUGUUCGACACGAUAGGAUGGAGCUGGGCCAAGUGGCUCGUAUCAGUUGGAGCAAUUUGCGGACUCUGCUCCAGUUUAUUAGGCGCUAUGUUUCCGCUGCCGCGAGUUAUCUACGCCAUGGCUUCAGAUGGACUGAUCUUCAAGUGGAUGGGAAAAGUGAGCUCACGAUUCCAGACUCCACUCGUAGGCACACUUUCCGCUGGGCUUCUAACAGGAAUUUUAGCAGCGAUAUUCGAACUCUCGCAAUUAGUCAACAUGAUGAGUAUCGGUACGUUGUUAGCGUAUUCGAUUGUGGCGUGUUGCGUUCUUAUUUUACGUUACGAAGAAAGCGAAGCAUAUGAGAAGAAAGGCGAUCACGAUCCCAGGACCUUCACAUUCAUUGUUAAACAACUGGUAAACGCGAACAAGUUAAAUCAUUCCACAAAACUUACGGCGCAGAUUGUUACGUCUCUUGUAUUUUGUUACAUUAGUCUAUGUUUCGGUGUCGCCACUUUGUUGUCAAUGUAUUUGGAAGAGAUUAGCGCCGGAAAAUUGGGUUACAUAGUCUCCCUUGCUAUUUUAGUUGUCGCACUCUUGACUACCCUCUCUUUCAUUUAUCUCCAACCAGUUUCUGGCAAAGAACUUACAUUCUCGGUGCCGCUUGUGCCAUUCUUGCCAGGAUUAAGUGUCCUUAUUAACGUUUAUCUUAUGAUGAUGUUAGAUAAAAUGACAUGGAUACGGUUUGUCGUGUGGAUGGCAGUUGGUUUGUGCAUAUAUUUCUUGUACGGCAUGCGGAACAGUACCAGCCGACAAAGAAAAGUACCAUCGAGAACUACCGAUAAUGCUAAGGAAAAAACAGAAUGGGAAGAGACUGACUUUUCUCAUGUUACGUAAUGAACUAACAAGACAAAACAUUUAAUAAUAAAUAUAUUUAUUUCUCUAAUAUUUUUGUCACUUAGUUAAGAGAUAUUUUUACAUAAUUAUUUUAUACAUAAAAAAAAUUUUUUAAAUAUAAUUUUAUAAAACUAUAAACUACUAUUAUAUGAGUUCAGAGGAAAAGUGAUCUUUUUUUUAAAUCCAUUAGAAAAAAAAACUAAACAGUUUUCACCGAAUAAUUUUAAAAAAUAAAUGCAAAUGUUUAAGCUAAAAUUAAAGUAAAAAUUAAAAAAAAAAAAGAAACUAUAACACUCAUGAAAAACAGUGUACUUGCUGCAUACAAUUAGAACUUAAACUUUAGAACUAAUUUUCCAACAAUUAAAAUUGAACUUGAUCUACUUUUUUCUGGACUCCGCGAUAUAAAAUUAGAAACCGAAGAGCGAUUUGAGAUCAUUGAGUGUCAGUUUCGUAGCAGUAUGUUUAUCACCACUCAAUACAUUUUGUGCUAUUUGAAGCUUUCGCUCUUGUAAGGCUUUGAUGCGCUCUUCUAUUGUAUCUGUGCAAAUAAAUCUGAAAGAAAAAUUUUGUAAUAAAACAAACUUUGAAAAGUA